AUGGAGGAAAAAGGUUUAAGGAAAAUGCAGAUUAAAGUCAAGGUUGUGGGUUAUAAAGUUCAAAUCAGCGAGACUGGGACAGAGUACAACGAGACCAUCGAAGUGGACACGGAAAAACAAACUGAACUGUUUAAAGUUCCUGCUCAUAAUGACGUGGACGAAAGCAAUAUUUUGCACGACUUUAAGACGAAUAUGACUAUGAUGCUGUUACCAGAAAAAAAGAUAUGCUACCUUAUGCCACUGUCAGAAGAGAUGCCGACACCAGCAAAACUCGAGAGUGAUCUUGACCGGACAGAGGAAUUAGACAAGGACAAGACCAAAAUUAUUGACAGCAAGUGGAUAGUGGACAAAGAGAUGGCUAAUCGGUCUGAACUGAGCAAGGAGUUGGCAAACUUUUGUACACAAUACCCGAUAUAUCAGGUGAAAAUAAUGGACGACUCAUUGACUUCUACAAGGGUUGAGACAGAAGGAACGCACCAUCGCAGUCGUCGAAAUGCGAGAUCAUUUCCGCCAAUUCACCCAUGCAAUCUGUGUCCAGGUGGAAAAGGCACCGUUACCUACUGGGAUAAGUGUUGGUGUUCCAAUAUUGGAGGAUACUGGAAAAUUGAAACCAAGAUAGCUUCGCGUAUAUGCAUUACGAUCCAGGAGUGUUUUGGGUCGUGUUGUUGGUCAAAGCACUUGGUUUACUAUGUAUAUUGUUCCCAAUAUGUUUGCCAACGUCCAACAUAUUAUAGGCCACGCCCAUAUUAUAGGCCACGCCCACAUUAUCAGCCACGCCUAUAUGAUGAACGAAACGAACCUAUCGGGCCGUAGGUAUCUUCACCGUGUUGAAGACAAAAUGCUUACGGAAAUCAGGUGUUUAUUAUAUCAUAAACAUUCAACGCUCUUUUUGUUACCCGCAAGAUAAGCAGUAAUAUUUGAACCCACAGCAGCUCUUUCUUUUUUACAUUUUUAAGUUAGUGUCGUUAGUAGUCCAGCUUUUAGUGAGAUGUGUUCUCGGCGCCGCUGUGGCGUUGCUCAUAUUACGAAUUCGAUAGACACUGUUUUAAUAAAAAUUAAAAUUUUGAGAAGAGAGAAAUUCACCGUUUCCCAUGCAUGAGAUCGUAUUUUCAAUUAGCAAUGUAGCUUAAAUCUGUACCGACUGUAGCUGAUAGUAUCAGGAGUCUUAGGAAACCAAGGCUCAGAAGCAAAAAUAUUU